AUUGAAACCAAAUAAUGUAUUCAUUGCUUUUGUGUUUUCAGAUACAAAAGCGUUUUAAAGUACUGUUGAAAUAUGUUAAGAAAUGACGGGAGAAUUUUCCUUUAUGUAUGUGAAACUUAUCCGAAAGAUGUCAUACAAAUACUAAACUCUUAAAAUGCCUUUAUAUGAAAAAAUUAAACCAAAUAACGCCUAUUUCAAAAAUGAAGACAACGAAAAGUUCAUUUACACAAACGUCCAUAAAGACCGAUAAAUACUUAUGUAUAAUGGCUCGGUUCCAGUGCAGAGCCAUGUAGUGGCUUUCGGAAUCUGAUUCUUAAUGAUAGUGAUAUCUUAAUCCUUAAUGAUAUAGUAUUUUAAAUGUACGGAUGACUUGCCUAACUUGGUUGUGUGGUAAUUUUAUCAAAAAGCAUACGGAAAAGUGGUUUAUAUUAAGUUACAUGUGUAUUAAAUAUUCAGCUGAUAGAUUCGUAUUUAUUAUAUUUAAAUUAUAGGUUGACGUUACCCGUUUUUAAACCAGUUGAUGCAUGGAAUUCUAAUAAACAUGUUUCUUAACAAGAACCAAAAAUGCUGUUCUCAUAAAUAGAAGAGCAACAUAAUUUUAAUUCGUUUAAGUGAUGUCAGAGACCACGUUUGCGUCAUGAGAGAAAUGGAUAGAAUCGUUGAUCACCAGUGUCAAAUUCAGAAUUUUGUUUUAUGAACGUAACGUUAGCUCAGACAAGAACAAGUUAAAAGGGAAAAAAUAUGCUUAAAGGGAAAUCAAGUAGGACCAAACAUCAUUGAUUCUGCGCAUGCGCAGUGUAUCCACCUCUUUAUCAACAACGGAAGCUAAUGGAUACAGGGUCGUCUGUUAGAGACCUUUCUAUUCAAAUAUCUUCCACGUGUUUUGGUUUCAGGUUGUAAUUGAUCUCAUUCUUACAACUAAGUAAUUUAGGUUUUAAUAAUUUCAAAGUCGAAUCUCUCUGUUAACUGAAUCGUAGCUAUCCACCACUUCAGUUAGUAACUUUAUGCUGCACAGUGAAGUUAGCGCGCUAGUAUCUACUUGCAUAUCUAACAGGCUGUAGUUUACCGUACCCUUAUAAUUCCUUAAACUGAGAUAUUUACUCCGGUUAACUUACUCAAUUGAAUCUGUUGCAACAGCAACGUUUAAAAGACACAUUUAUUUGGCGUAGGAUAGCUUUGACCGAAAUCAUCCGUUUUCUCCUACAUUAAUUCGAUUAAAACUUGCAUCCAGAUGGAGGUUCGUAAAAAGAAGGUCGCAGCCGCAGGACGGGUGAUAAUGGACGUCAUCCAGGCUGAGUGGGAGCCACUGUCUCACUGGGAGCUUGAUCAGCGACUAGACCGCGCAGUGGAAGAAAUGAUAGAGGCUGACCUGGUGGCCCAGGUUCAGGAGCAGGCAGCCUCUGUGACCAUGCAAGCCUCUCAACAGGAGGAUUCAACAACUCUAGAUCAGGCGCAAACAGAGACUCCUCCUCGGCUGUCAGAGUCUGUUUGCCCAUUGCAACGUUCACAUGUUACUGAAGCCAUGGAGGCAAAUCCUGCCGUACAGUAUGUAACACAUUUUCUGCAAAGCUCGAACAAGACCUACAGCAAGAACCGAUUGUCUGGAAGAGCUCGACUGUCCCUGUCUCAUACUGUCCUCCUGUCCCUCACUCUCCUGUCCAAACGCAUCAGCUAUCGCAGUGUGUCCUCUAGUUUUCACCUAGAGAAGGGAAAUAUCCACAGGAUCUUCUUUUCAUUCUGUGAUCAAGUCAUUGCACAAAAGGAUCGGCUCAUUCAGUGGCCUACAGGACAGGAGGCCCUACAGCAUCUGCUUCCUUUCUCCAGCUGGCUGGGUCACAAUGAGGGUCUGGAAGAGAGAGGUCUUCCUCAAGUCCUCGGGGUGCUGGGUGACACACGCAUCCCCAUCCGCCUUCCCGCUGGCAAACCGGACAGCGAGAGUGAGGCUCCGGAAGCCAAGAGACUUAAGAACGAACCACAUCCAGAUUCAUGGCUUAACUUGGAACUGGUCUGCAAUGACAAGGGCCGCUUCAUUUACUGCCACAUCAGCAAAGGCUCAGAAAAAGGCAGAGGGAGUGCUUUAGCUGAAAGGCUUCAGCAACACCCCGAGAUGGUGCCUCCAGGGACCUGCCUGAUAGCCGGAGUUGGAUACCCACUCACAGAACAAAUACUUACUCCUUUUUCAGCAGGUCGAAACCCACAGGAAAACCUCUACAACAGAUCUGUGGGAACCCAUUUAGGCCGAUUCAACCAGGUUGUGGCAGACCUUAAAGAACGAUUCCAGAAAUUGAGAUAUUUGGAUAUGGGGAACUAUGAUAGGGCAAAAGCUGUGGUUCUGACCGCUUGUAUAUUACACAAUGUUUUUCUGGACAUGGGGGAUGUGACAAAGGGACUGGUAGAUAAAAGCAUAGCUGAAGAUGUGGUGGAGGUAAACGAAGAUGCUGCCGGGGUGAAAAUGAGGGAGACUGUAGUGAAUCUUCUUUAUAGUGCAUUGGAAUCGGGAACACAAUAAGAUUUUGACCUUAUUGUCAAAAUGUGCAUAUUUAAAGGGAUAGUUCAUCCAAAAAUUAAAUCUAUCAUCGUUUACUCAGCUUUAUUUCAUUCCAAACACAUUUGAAGAUAUUUUUAAUAGUCUCUUAAUUUUUGUCCAUGCAACCAUGCAUCAUAUCGUUAUCCUCAUAGCAUAAUAGCA